GCCCUCUCCAUAGCAACUAGAAAUGUCUCAGGGCUGAAGUAAUCCUCCCCAGCUCCCCGGCACAGUCAAGGAAUUUUAAAAACAGAGAGCUUGGGACCACAAAAUGCUGUCAGAGAUUUAAAGGCCCAGGGGGCUGGAUAUCAGUAACCGGUUCUCUUUCUUGAGAAAUCCCUCUGGUUCUAAGUCUAUUUGGCACCUACCCCGACCCCAGGCCAACUCAAGCCAAAGGAAGAGUCGACAUGUGCUUCUGGACAAAGCUCUCAGUGUUGAUGAUGUUACUGCCCUGCCCACUCAGCCUGGAUUCCACUACUGAGACCGGCAAAGUCUCAGGGAGCCAAGGUCUGCUACAAGUCCUGAGGGUCCUUUCUGCUGGUGAUCACCGGUCCCUCGACCAUUCCCGAAGCCUCAUCAAAAUUCUGUUCGAGAAGACUGGGUGUCCACAGAGAACAAAUGGAAUGCAAGGAGACUGCAAGCUGUGUUUGGAGCCAGAUGCGUUGCUACUCACAGCUGGGGGAGAUUUGGAGGAUGAGCUUAGAGAGGAGGUGGUGGAGAGAGUUUCCCUCCUCCUCCUUUAUUACAUCAUCCACCAGGAAGAGAUCUGUUCUUCAAAGCUCAACAUGAGCAACCGAGAGUAUACAUUUUACCUGCAUAGCCUACUUGGCCUCAGGCAGGAUGAAGACUCCUACAUCCUGUCACAGAAGGAGACUGAGGACAUCUUGGCUUUCACCAGGAAGUACUUUGGCACUUCUGGCAGCCAGUGUAUGGAAACAAAGUUGCUACAGAGGAAGUCUGGCAUCCAGGGCAGCGAUGGCGCUGAUGAAAAGACGCUUCCUCAGCUGGCCGCCACCAUCAUUGCUCUGUCACUCCAAGGGCUUUGUCUGGGAAAAAGAGACUUACCAUCCCCAGAUGACUUUACAGAGUACAUAUUCCGCUUCUUCAACAGUACAGAUGCCCUUCACCUAUCCGAACUAGAGCAACUUCUGAACAUCCUUUCUACCAGAAGGGCCUGUGCCAAAAAGGAUGCCCUGCAUCAACACCAAAGGAAACAAAACACAGCAGCUCAUGGCUGGGGAGAGCCUAAGAUGUCUACCACUGUGAAAAAAGAGCCCGAUGAUCAUCCUGUCUCCUGGGAUCAGGCUUGUUUCUCUGCUGGGCAGUUGGUGGAGAUAUUUCUACAGAACCAUACUACUCCAUUCAUCUCUAAGGAGGACUUUAAGGUGCUAAGCCCAGGAAUCAUCCAGCAACAGCUUAGCUGUUCUUGCCAAAUGCCCAAGGACCAGCAAGCAAAGCCCCUACCCACCACUCUGGAGAAAUACGGCUACAGCACAGUGGCUGUGACACUCCUGACUUUGGGCUCCAUGCUUGGGACGGCGUUGGUCCUUUUCCACAGCUGUGAGGAGAGCUACAAUCUUAUUUUACAGCUGUUCGUGGGCUUGGCUGUGGGGACACUCUCUGGGGAUGCCCUGCUCCACCUCAUCCCGCAGGUUCUCGGUUUACCUAAGCAGGAAGCAGAGCUUGGCCAUUCCCAUGAAAGCCAAGGUCCCAUUUGGAAGCUGUUGGGACUACUUGGAGGCAUCCAUGGGUUUUUCUUAAUAGAAAAAUGUUUUACCCUUCUUGUAUCACCAGAUGCCAAGGACUUGCCAUUGGUUAAUGGACCUAUGAGACAUGGCCACCACCUUGCCCUCAGCCCUGAAUUAAAUGACCAGUCAGGAGGAGCCAAGUCUGUAUCAACCAUCCAGCUGAAAGGCCCAGAAGAUUCACAGAGAGCCGAGCUACCACUAGGUGAUGUGCCAGCCUCCAACAGAAACCGCAAAACCACCAGUUUAUUGGCAAUCAUGAUACUGGUUGGAGAUAGCCUACACAACUUUGCAGAUGGCCUAGUAAUAGGAACAGCCUUCUCAUCUUCGUUGGAGUCAGGAGUGACCACAACAAUUGCUAUUUUGUGUCAUGAAAUUCCACAUGAAAUGGGCGACUUUGCAGUACUCUUAAGCUCAGGGCUCUCGGUCAGGACUGCUAUCCUGAUGAAUUUUAUAAGUGCCCUGACGGCCUUCGUAGGGCUGUACAUCGGCCUCUCAGUGUCUGCUGAUCCACGUGUCCAAGAUUGGAUUUUAACAGUGACUGCUGGAAUGUUCUUAUAUUUAUCAUUGGUGGGAAUGCUUCCCGAAAUGACUCAUGUUCAAACACAGCGACCCUGGAUGACGUUCCUCCUGCAGAACGUUGGAUUGGUCCUAGGCUGGUUUUCUCUUUUGCUCUUAGCUGUAUAUGAACAGAAUAUUAAAAUAUAAGUUAAGAAUCUCUAAUGCCUCCCAAAAUGAAUUCAUCUUGUCAUAGCUGUUUCUUCUAUGUUCUCUAUGCUGAUCACUAAAUUUGGUAUUUUUAUUUUAGGCACAGAAUAUGUCUGUUAUCUUAACUUAUUAAUUCUGUAUUUUAAUUUUUUUCAGAAAUAUUUAAAAGUUAGUCUAUCUUGCAUCAAAAUGCUUAUUUUGUUCUUGACACUGUGAUGGACCACAACAAUGUUUAGUGUUAGAAAUCCCUGAAUUCUAGUCAGCUGCAAAAAUAUUAUUUCCCUACAGAAGAAUGUUUAUUUGUUUUAUUUGAAGCAGACAUUUUUGUGGUCUCUUUAAAUGUUAAUAAUACAUUUGUUUUCUAUGUGAUUUUUAAACCAUAAGCAAAUAGAAUAAUAGAAAUGUAAUAAAGGCUUGUUCUAAU